GCACUCAUAAUGACAUAGUCAGUCUCCAUUAUUUCCGGGCAUCGUUUCGCAUGCACAGACUUCUUGUUAUGACUUUCUCAUUCCUUGUUGUGUAUAGGGUGGUAUCAUAUCUCAUUCUUCACUUGCAGAUCAGAAUGCAACUUGUCAAAUAUGUAUUUUCUGCGUGUUGAGAUUUGCAAAUGCUUUUGCUCCUAGACGUACAGUAAUUUUCCCCGUUGUAAAAUCAAUCGCUGGUUAUACCAUGUUGUAACAUAUUGUAUUACCGACCAACAAUAUCAGCCUCACGAGGACGUAUAGUGUUUCAAUGGGUGAAAGAUAUUCAUAAAAGCUGAUCGUUUUUUUUUAAGUGAGCGUUCACUACUUACUAAUGACGAAGUCUUCAUUUGACCCCGGAAAGAAAAUGAAGACUCUUCUGUGUACCAACUCCAGAUUACUAGUUAUUCUUCCUGCAAUUAUAUUCAUCAUGUCAUUAGUAUCUUCUAUGCUAUAUGAAGGUAGCGACAGGAAAUUUGUCCAUCUCCCGUACAGGCAAAGAUAUUGGAAGGAUGAAAGCCACAACGCUGAAACAUCACUGAUAUAUUCUAAAUACCAUAUUGUCAAUCGCAGCGACGUCUAUUAUGUAAACGACAGAAUUAAAAUUCUGAUCGAGGAAUAUGAUUCUGAAGGGCGCCCUCGUCGUAAAGGUGGGGCAUUCUUCCGAGCGAAACUUGUUUCCAAGGACAUCAAGGCAUCGGCGAGGUCUGACGGGGAAGUAGUCGAUUUAGGAAACGGGCAAUACCAGGCCGAGUUUGUCCUCAGGUGGCCUGGUAAUGUUACUGUAACAGUCAUGAUGGUGGACAGUAGCCCUGCCCUAAACAUUCUGGAGCGAAUGUGGCAAGAGUAUCCAAAUAGAGCGACAUACAUCGGUCAUUUCAAGGAUGGUACGAACUAUGAAAAAACGAAUUGCAAUGUGGACCAUGUUACUGCAUUGGAGAGAGAAUGCGACUACACGGACAAUGAGACAAACAUCCACUGGUAUUGUGAACGUCCCUCCAAUCCACAUUUGAACUGCACACACUGGUGGAAACAUAAUUCAAAUAACACCUUCAUCUUCUCGCAGCAAACACGCUUCAUACGACCUGGGGAAGAAAAGCAUUUUGUUAAGUAUAAGAAGUAUUUGACAUGUAAAGACUGCAGUAUAACCGUCCGCGAGAAGAGAAAGUCGAAUGGAGAGGUGGACAAAUAUGGACGGCGUCCUUGGCAAAAACCAUGGCACACACUACCUAAGUGCCUCCCGAGGGGUAUCAACAAGUUUGAGAAUACGACUUCCGGUUAUCUUUACGGAGACAAAUGGUUUUCUACGAGGUGUCGAAACCGGGCUUUUAGCGCCCGAUCCGCUGCCGCGUGUCUCAGAAACAAGACCGUGCUUAUUCUUGCUGAUUCCACUGGCAGGCAGCUAUAUGUAUAUUACGUGCAUCUUUUAAAAAUGAGAGAAUUACCCACGAUCAACUGUAUGGGGCACGCAUACAGCGACUCUAUUAACUUCACCAUUUAUUACAAGUUCCACGGUCUUCCUUCGGUAGGAACGGGUGGGGGACCGAGCAAAUGUCUUAAACAAAGCGUAGUUAAUGUGCUGGACCACCUAGCCUUUAUACCAGACGUUUUCGUGCUUUCAAUCACUGCUCACUUAACAAUGCAAAACCAGGACUAUUUUAGAGAGAGGAUGAAGAUCAUACGACCCGCCGUGGAAAGACUACAUCGGCGAAACCCAAAUACAAGUUUUCUCAUCAAGAGCGCAAAUACGAGGGAAUUCAAGACUUUACAACAUGUCCUUGCCAAUAAUGAAUGGUACAUGUACACAUUGGAUAGGAUGGUUCGAGAAACUUUUGCUGAUUAUCCAAAGGUUGGAUUAAUAGAUGUCUGGGACAUCACUGUGGCCCAAUUCAAUAUAGAUAUCAUCCACCCAAAACCUUCUACAUUAGCUAACAUUGCAAAUCUAAUCUUAUCAUAUACAUGUCCAAUUUAAAGGUCGAGUCCAACUAAAUGAAAAAUGUAUGUGAAUAAAUGGGGAAAAUUAGUUUAAACGAACAUCAAAGUGGUAUGGAAUUAAGAAAGUUGACGCCGCAAUAUAUCAUCUUUUGUAGAUUUGAUAAUAAAGAGACGUUUUUUAGUCAAAACACAAUUUCCAAUGUUAAAGUAGGAAUCACAUCAUACUGAGGAAAAUUAUAUAUCUCAUAUUUCCAAUAACAAACUAGGAAAAAUGGGUGCGUCUAGGCACUAGUUAUGUCAUGUGCAGAUUGUUAAAUUGGUCCACUUAAAAUGCAAGGAAAAUUUCUUAUUACGAAAUCAAUUAAAAACUAUGUACUAACGAGGUAAGGUGAAACCAAGCAGCUCGUCAGGGUCAUAACUAAAUACAGCGCCUCCUCCACCCCCCCCCCAAAAAAAAUGUUCUCAAUCGAAUGUGCAGGAGGAUAAUCUACUUUCUAUGAAAAUUUCAUUGGGUUCGCUUCAGCUAUUUUUGAUACACGCCCUUAUACAUGUAAUACGUAGCAGUGAGAUGAGCCUCCUAUUACUAUACAUAUAAAUUGGGAAUAGUUUUCAAAUCUCUUAAUUAAUUCAGCCGUG